AUGGCUGCUAUCAGAAUGCAACCCCCCAAGCUUACCCACGUCAUGAACAUGCGUGCGUACAUGAGCAAGAAGAGCGGCAUUUCUGGUGCGUACAGGGGUGGUGCCACUCGCGGUUUGGUACCAUUGACCGGCGGCUUCCUUAAAGGCGUAGAGGGCACCAGAGCCGAGGGUUUAGACGUGCAGUUGAUGGAGGGCGGUAGCGACUGGCCCAUGGUGGAUGAAGCCAGCGGCAUGGUCCAUGUUGACGUGCGGACGCACGGCACCUCCAAGUCAGGUGACGGCUUCUUCAUACACUACACCGGGUAUCUAGGGCUUGACAAGGCCGCUGCCAUGUUCACUAGCUGGGAUCCCGAAGCCAAGACUACCAAGGGAGGUGAUCAUUAUUGGUUCACGAACCCCACAUUCGAGACUAGUUGCAAGGACUUCCAAUGGUUGACGACCACCUCCUUUGUCGGUAGGGGGCACUGGUGGGCUGGGGACGAUGGGAUGCAAGCAGUGGAAUAUGAGAUCUUUGAAGUUUCAAACUAG